AUGCCUGGCGGGAAGCUCCAUUCUCCCAUCUGGACGCCCUCUGCCAUAUAUGGUUCUGUCGACCUUAUUUACGGGUGGCCGGCGUGGAACAGCCGUACCGGGUUCACUGCAGCGCAAUCAGCAAUGAACGUGCUCGAAAGUGCUUUUUACGGCUGGUAUCUUUAUGUUAUAGGACUCCAGAUUGGGGACUGGAGUUAUCAACAUAUCAGCCGCUUAGAAGUAAGGGCAAUGGUGUGGCUCAAUGAAGCUUUCUCGGAUUUCGCAAGCAUUGGGCACAAUUCGUUGUUUGACUUGGUCACGGUUUGGAUCAUUCCGAACGGCGCAUGGAUUGUGGUGCCAAGUUAUAUGCUAUAUGUAUUUGGCCAAGAAAUUCUCGGGUCAAUGAGUGCUAGUGACAGCGGAACGAAUGCAAGGGCAUACGGCCAGCUUGACUUCAAUCCGAUUUGA